UGUUUUCCUGAGUUAGCUAUGGUUAUAUAGUUUCUCAAGUUAGCUAUGUUUAUAUGGUUUUUCAAGUAAGCUUUUAUAUGGUUUCUUGAACCCUAAUGUACCUACUUUUUUAUGUCGUGUUUUCAAGAAUGUUUGUGUAUAAACAUCCAUAUAGAAGUUAGGAGGUACAAAGAUGAAAAAUACAAUAAUAAUCAAACUAAGUAUGAUAGGAUGGUGAUCACGAGUUGGACUUUAACGGGGAUGGGGUUGUCAUUGGGAUGAAUGCAAACAAAGCGGCUUUAGAUAGUUAUCACUGUCUUUUCAAAACAAAGAAGCCGUGUUUUAGUAUGGGUGUGUAAGUGCGUAAAUUAAAACUCUACGGGAUUUGCCAACGCAAGAAGUUGUGGAAGAAAAAACGUAAUCAGCAGAGGAAGGAAACAUAUUGAUACUGUCCAUAUCAUUGAACAUAAUUAUUGUAUCCCAGACAAUCAAUGGAUUGGAGACUUUAUCUUGUCUUUUCAUUAAAGACUUUCAUCUGUACCGUCCAUGGGCAAGAUAAAAGUCAAAUGCCUCCGAAAAUGAUUAGUGUCUUCAACAAUGUAUACUUCUUUCCAAGAGAUUCCAUACUGGUUGAUUCUUCAUUUAAGUGUCAAGCCGAAAAUGGCCAGAUCCAAUAUGUGUGGAAAAAAGAUGGAGUAGUUGUAGAGAAUACCCAGUUAAUUCCAGUAGACAAUUCGACAGGAAUUAUUACAUUUGUCAAGAUACAGACAGAACAUUACGGAGCCUACCAAUGUUUCGCUUCUAAUACUUAUGGAACGUCACUUUCAACCCCCUUUAAUUUGAAGGAAUCAAUGUUAGGAAGCUUUCCUAUCGGCGAUAUUCAAGAGGUACGAUGUAAACAAUUUGAGCAUUGUAAAAUCCAGUGUCGUGGGAAGCCAACCUGUGUGCCAGACUCACAAUGUAGAGUGGAAUGGAAAAUUGGAGUUGGAACCAAAAAUAAUGUUGAGAUUAACAAACGAGUUGGAGUGGAUGGAAAUGGUGAUCUUCAUUUUCUGUGGACGGACACUGCUGACUGGAACGGUUUACAGUAUAAGUGUGGGAUGUGGAUGAACCAGAUUAAGCUGUUAGUGAUUGGUAGCCAAACAAGUCUAAAAAUUGACUGUUUUAUUUUAGAUUCGAAAGCAGUUGAUUUUAUAGAACCCACCUUAGUAUUCAAAAAAGAUGGUAAAGCUCAUGUUGGGGGAAAGGGUGUUCUGAGAUGCAUGUUUUCUGGAUAUCCUGUCCCAGAUAUUGAAUGGAUGUCUUUAGGCAAAUUUACAACCAUCAAAAACACCACAGGCAAAUAUAUCAUCAGUGACUUUGGAAGAGUACUGACUAUCAUAAAUGCAAAGCCAGACAACGAAGGUUUUUAUUCAUGCACAGGAAAUGGGACAACAAACUCUCUUUCUCAAAGGGUCUUUUUAAAUGUCACAUCCGCUCCCAUUCUGCCCGGAGACAAUCAGAUGCGCGAUCUGGUGGUACCAGUUGGAAAAAACGCCAUAUUCCGCUGUGAGGCCGAGUCCUUACCGAAUGAGAUGCCUCCAACUCUUCCAAUAUGGAACAAGAAUGGAGUGGAUCUAGUGAUCGCUGGAGGGAAGUACAUCUUGAGCGAGAACAGCAAAGUGUUGACCCUAACUAGCGUACAGAAGUCUGAUACAGGGGUUUACCAGUGUAUGUCAGAGAACAGUGAGGGGAUGCUACUGAAGGAAGCCAUACUCAAAGUUAUAGAUCCAAUUAUUGUCCGAAAGCGCCCACUGGAUAAUUACAAAAUUGCGCCAGGGGAUAUACUGAACCUAGCAGUGGUCGCUGAUACUGAUCCCCCUUUCACUCUUCAGUACAAAUGGAUGUUUACUGACCACCAAGGCAACGAAAGCGAAAUCAAAAGUAACGAGUAUUGGAAGCUUUCUUGGCCUAUAAAUAAACAGUUAACUAUUGAUGUGAGUAAUGUUACAGAUCCGACCAUUCUAGUUUCUCUUGCGGGUUACUACAGCGUGAAAAUAUACCACAACUAUGAUGAGAAAGUUAUUUACAUUACCGUGGAGACAGACGUCUUUCCUAAUACAGAUAUUGUUGAAAUAAUGAACUGCAAUAAAGCUGUCACCUGGACCUUUCAAAGGAGUCUCAUUUGUACUGUCAUCGGCCAAGAUUCUAGUCAGAUGCCACCAAACAUGACCAGUAUCUUUAACGAUGAAUACUCUUUCCCUCGAGAUUCCAUAUUAACUGAUGCUUCCUUUAACUGCAAGGCAGAAAAUGGAAGGGUUAUAUAUGAGUGGAAAAAAGACGGAUAUGUGGUACUUAAUAGUCAGUUUAUUGCAGUGGACAAAUCAAUGGGAAUUCUUAAGUUUCUCAAAAUGCAAAACGAUGACUAUGGAACUUACCAAUGCUUUGCUACAAAUGAUUACGGAACAUCACUUUCAAAGCCAUUCAAAAUAAUGGAAGCAAGAUUAGGAUCUUUCCCUCCUUCUCAAAUUCAAGAGAUAAAAUGUGAAGAAUUUAAGCAUUGCAAAGUAGAGUGUCGACACAAGCCAACGUGUUUGCCAGAAUCACAAUGUAAAGUGGAAUGGAAAAUUGGAGAAGGAACUAAGACCAAUGUAGAAAUAAAUAAAAGGGUUGGAGUUGAUGGAAAUGGCAAUCUUCAUUUUCUCUGGACAAAUAUGAGUGACUGGACUGGUCAACAGUACAGGUGUGGGGUGUGGCAUGAGCAACUUAAGACAUUGGUUGUUGGAAGUCAAACAAGUCUUAGAAUUGACAGUGCAACAGCAGUUCCAAAAGUAGACCCAAUGUUGGUGUUCAAAGAAAACGGCAAAGCUCUGAUUGGAGAAAAGGGCGUUCUGAGAUGCAUGUUUUCUGGAUACCCUGUCCCAGACAUCACGUGGAUUUCCCCGCAAAAGAUGAACAUUGACAAUGCCGACGGCAAAUAUGAAAUCAGUGACUUCGGCAGAGUGCUCACAAUUUUGCGAGCGGAAUCAGAAAAUGAAGGAAAAUACACUUGUAAACAUUCGGGGAAAAACGAAACUGUCUUUUUGAAUGUCACAUCUGCUCCCUUUCUGAGGGGGAGCAAGCAGAUGCAAGAUUUGGUGGUACCAGAAAAACAGGAGGCCACGUUCCGCUGUGAGACUGGGUCCUUGACCGAUGAAUUACCACCAACUCGACCGACUUGGAAGAAAAACGGAGUUGAUUUAAAGAUAGAUGGAGGAAAGUACCUAUUGGGAGAAAAUAGUCAAGUGUUGAGAGUCAAAGAUGUUCAGAAGUCAGACUCGGGGGUUUACCAGUGUAUGUCAGAAAACAGCGAGGGUGUUCUACUGAAGGAGGCCAUACUUAAAGUUACAGAUCCGAUAAAAACCACCGUGGAGACAGGUAUCAUCACCAUCAAAACGACCAUCACUUCCACUGAUAUUUUUACUACAGAUAUUGCUCAUACAGAAAUUGUUAAUACAGAUAUUAGUUCUAAUAUCAUUACUACUAAGGUUGUCCCAAAGACGCAGAAUUCCAAAGAAACCGGUUCAAACGCCGCUGUCGCCAUCAUCGUGGCCGUGUUAAUCUCCAUUAUAGUCCUUGUCAUCCUCGUUAUCGUUGCUCGGAGAAUUCAACAGAGAGGCUCCUCUAUGGAUAAGAAAGAACUUGCCACUGGACACGACCCUAACCCUGAGAACGAACGGAAAGAAACCUCGCUCAAGGACCAACCAGUGUAGUGGAAUUGACCGUUGAAUUGAAAAAUGCAUACAUUAUUAACUUUUUGUGCAUGAAUAAAAAUUUGUGGAAGCAAUGAAGCAAUUAAAAUGAUUGCAUUAAUUUACUUUUACAGUAAACCUAGUAAUUUAUUGGGUUGAUUUUAUGCAUGCAUAUUAUUUUUAAUGACCUCAAAAAAUUAAAUAUAAAAUCUACCUUAAAAUUCAAAACAUGGAAUUUUUUUCUUAUAAAUUCCCAAGAAGUAAAGACAAUUUUUUAAAUAUUUAAUCAAUAAGAUUUAUAAGAGCUCUUAGUCUUUUAAAAUGAUAUACAUGUAGAGAGAUAGAGAGAAAGAGAGAGAGAGAGAGAGAGUAGCUACAACCAUGACCCCUCUCUUUGUCAAGACAAAUAAAUUGAUAAAUAAAAUAUAAUUAUGUAGAAAAAAGUUUAUUUGUAAAGUAUAAUCACUUUGUAAAACAUCUAGCUGGUAAUUUAUGAACCAUUGUAACUACAUGUAACAUUAUGAGUUAUUAGUACUAGUGUCACUGUAUUUUUUUGAAUUAAUUUCAUACUUUGUAACCAAGAGAUUUUACUAAUCUACUUCUAUUUUGAUGCAGAACAGAAAUGACAUGUGCACGAGCAAAUUUCUACUUAAAUAACACAUAUCAUACAGUUUCUAACGAAUAAAUGCAUGACUUUUGACCGUAUUCUUCUUUCUGUAUGAUUCUGAUUUUGUAUUUUUCCUGCAACUUGAGAUUUUAGUCAUUUUGUUCAGUUCAUUUGUUUCGUAUUUAAAAUAAAAUUUUAUAUCCUGCUG